CGCACACACUCCCUAUACAAUCUAGGAGAAGUUAGUCUGCAGCUGUAUUAAUACAGCCGCAAUUUUCUUUGGUGCUGUUCUGCUGUGGAAGAAGAUAUUCUCAUUACAAUGCCUAACUGGGGUGGAGGAAACAAAUGCAGUGCUUGCCAGAGAACCGUGUACCAUGCGGAAGAGGUAUGCUGUGAUGGAAAGAGCUUCCACAAGAGUUGCUUUCUUUGUAUGGUGUGCAGGAAGGGCCUUGAUAGCACAACUAUUGCCAUACACAAUGAGGAGAUCUACUGUAAAUCUUGUUAUGGCAAGAAAUAUGGACCCAAGGGUUAUGGCUAUGGACAAGGAGCAGGUACCCUCAACAUGGACCGGGGAGAGAGGCUUGGCAUCAAGCCUCAGGACAUGGAAGAUCAGAGGCCAACAAGCAGUGUAAACACUUCAAAGUUUGCUCAGAAGUUUGGUGGUGCAGAUAAGUGUCCUCGAUGUGGGAACUCUGUUUAUGCUGCUGAGAAGGUACUUGGAGCUGGCAAGCCUUGGCACAGAACUUGCUUCCGUUGUGCCAAAUGUGGAAAGAGCCUGGAGUCUACCACCCAGACAGAAAAGGAUGGAGAAAUCUAUUGUAAAAGUUGCUAUGCCAAGAAUUUUGGUCCCAAAGGGGUUGGAUAUGGACAAGGUGCUGGUGCUCUCAUUCAUGCAGAGUGAAGAUUCUUCUCGGAGGCCAGUUACUGGAGGCCAGACAUGGCCAUGCCUUGUAUUUGUACACAGUUACUGUGAACACCAUGUGGCAUUUUGCUUUAUGCUGCUAAGUGGUUUGCAGCUUUUUUUGCAUUUCCCUUUUGCUUUGGUCUAAUCAAACAGUUGGCUUUUAUCUUUUUGUACACACACUUGCACAUAAACAUUUUCAAAAGCAUUUGCUCCCUUCGUGUAAUCCUUUUUAUGUGAAUGUUUCUCGCUCUCCACUUAUUGCACAUUACAAGAAGAUCGCAGGGAGUUUACCGUGUGUGUGUGUGUGUGUGCCCAGUUGUGUAAGUUGUGCACUUGAUCCAGUGCUGCUAAAUGCCCAGCUUCCAUACUGCCACUUUAAGGGUAGGAGCUUCCAACAUCUAUCUUGAGAUUAGCACAGUUGUUUAGAAAUAUAAAAGUACUCGCUCUGUCUGCGUCUCAUCCGGGAGUUUCAGGGCAUCGCUGGGCUUGAUGGUAUAUUUGAUGUCUUAAUGUUUUAGUUGUGGAGAGUCAACAUUUCCUACCCUUCAACCCCUCCUCCUCAGUCUAGCGGACAUCAAGAUUGAAGACUUGUGGAGCUCUGCUACCUUUACCUCUCAUAUUCUUUUUAAAUGUAUUCAUUAGUUUAUAUUGUUUGUUACGCUCAAACUCCCACUUUGGAUCUCUUAAGUGCUCCGUUUUGUAUUUGCCACAUGUUUUGGAGCCAACGUCAUGUCCUCUUUUCUGUUUCUUGUUUUAUAGCCAUUUCUGUGUUCCCUUUUUUGUAUUUGUUGAAAUUUCAAUAGAAAUAUAAUUAUAUUAAUAAAAUACUGUAUAUAGUG